GAAACCCCAACUUCGAUCUUUCUUCCGUCUUCAAAAGCCCCUCCCCCCUCCCGCCCGCUUCUCUCUAGUUAGAUAGAUGAUGCCGUGCACCUCGGAACAGACGAAUAGGAUCCGCGAAAUGAGGAAGAGCCCGCUCCUCGAAUCGCAGUUAACUUUAACCUAUCAUUAUCAUGGACUCUAGAUCUGCGUCCGAAGUCGCCCAUCCGUCGCCGGCCGGUAGUGCUUCUGCUUCGGCUUCUGCCAGCGCGGCGCCUAAUAAGGGGAAACUGCUGCUUCCCGCUAGCUGCGAGCCCCCGUUGCCGAACGCGCCGAGGAAGCAGCUCGUAUGGAUUGUCUUCGGCGGCACUGGCCACAUGGGCCGCUCGCUCGUCAAAUGCGCGCUGACGCGGGGCGAUCUAGUGACCGACGUGGGACGCACGUUUGAGAGCUCGCCUGAGGAGAUGGCGGCCCAGCACGAGAACUGUCUGGGCCUGCUGUGCGACGUGCGCGCGCGGCAGAGCGUAGCGCAAGUCAUCGAGCGGACGCUGGACCGCUUUGGGCGCAUCGACGUGGUCGCCAACUGCUCCGGGUACGGCGUGAUCGGAGCGUGCGAGGACCAGGACGAGCAUGAGAUCCGCAACCAGUUCGAGACCAACUUCAUGGGCACCCUACACAUCAUCCAGGCGACCCUCCCUUACUUCCGCCAGCAGAACGGCGGCCGCUACCUCAUCUUCAGCUCGACCAGCGGCGCCCUGGGCGUGCCGGGGCUCGGCCCCUACUGCGCGACCAAGUACGCGGUGGAAGGCCUCAUCGAAGCGAUGCUCUACGAGAUCGACUCCUUCAACGUGAAGGCGACGCUGGUCGAGCCGGGUCUGGUGCGGCGCGACGAGCCCGACGCCCAGGCGAACCCGCUGCCGACAUGGGGCCACUUCCUUAUCAAGCAGCCGAGCGAGGCGUACGGGCACUCGACGUCGCCGGCGCUGCACGCGAAGCGCAUGGUGCAGUGGCUGGGAGACCGCCAGCCGACGAGCGCGGUCAAGUGCGCGGAGCUGGUCUGGCAGCUGGCCCACUGCUCGUACCCGCCACUGCGCCUCGUCCUCGGCAGCUACGCCAUCGAGAGCAUCCGCGACCGCCUCAGGUCCGUCACCGAAGAGCUCGAGGACUGGAAGCAUCUUAACUACCCCGCGGCGCCCGAGACCGAGGCCGCGGCUACGACUGCUUCGGCGGCGGAGAAGAAUGAGAAGGAUGACGAUACGGGGGAUUCCACUGCUGAGAUGCAGGAUAAUACUACAUAGGCUUGCGGUAUCUACCUACCUAGGUAUUCCUUUUUAUUUAUUUUUUUCGUUUUACUUCUUGGAACCUGGGUGUUGGUCUAGGAUAGGGGGGUUACGUGGAUAAUUUAUGCAUGGCGUUUACUUCAUUUUUGCUUCUUAUGCGAGAUACCCGGACACCGGGGUGUCUCCUUGGCUCGAAGGGGCUCGAGGGCUCGAGGGAUCGGUGCUU